AUGCGCCUGCUUCAUGCAGAAGGCUCACUUUCACCAGAUCAGAAUGCGACCGAUCACAGCUUUAGGACGGCACCGAUACUUAGCGGUGAUGCCGCUGAUAUCCUGGGACCUAACGUCGUGCCCCAGCGCGCUGUUUACGGGCGUAUUCUUAGCCAGGUAAUCGAUGGCGAAGAGCAGCUAGCAGUCAUCCCGAAGCUUUACAUCAACAGUAAUGCACCAUUCAGCGCUGUCGUAUGCGGUUUGCAGGGUUCAGGAAAAAGUCAUUCGACGUCGGUGCUUCUCGAGAGUUGUCUCAUACAGGAUGAGCGCUUGGGGACGUUGCCUGUACCCUUGAGUGCGGUUCUGUUUCAUUUCGACUCUGCGGCGGGUGGGGGCCAGGUGCAACCGUGCGAAGCCGCCUUCUUGGCUUCCCUUGAUCCAGUUCGGGGUGUGGGUGCUAAAGCGCUGGAUGUAACAGUGCUCGUUUUACCGAACAAUAUCAAGGCGAUGAAAAAGGUGUACUCUACCCUUCCGAACGUCAAGGUCGAACCACUGCACUUCUCUUCCGAAGACAUUAGCGGCGAGCGUCUACUUGCUAUGAUGAAGGUGGACGAAGGAGGUCAAAUGCCUCUCUACAUGGAACUCAUCCUGUCAAUUCUUCGGGACAUGGACGAGUUCGAUUAUAAGUCGUUCAGGACCAGUCUCGAUCAGCAUAAGCUCAGUAGUCAGCAAAAAGCGAUGCUAAAUCUACGACUUACAUUGCUUGACUCUUGCCUCAAGGGUGGAGAUCGUAGCAACAGUGUCACAUCCCACUUCUCUCAAGGAAGGCUGACGAUUAUCGAUUUAUCGUCGCCCUUCAUGGAUCCCUCCUCCGCCUGCGGCUUUUUCGACAUAAUUCUUGGACUAUUUCUUGAGGUGGAUGUUAAGACUGGGAAACUGAUUGUUUUGGACGAGGCGCACAAAGUACAGUAA